ACUUGAUGACGUCAGAGUAGCGUGAAAGCUGUUGCAGUGUACCAUCAUGAACGCGCCGCCAACUUUUGAAUCAUUUCUACUCUUUGAGGGUGAAAAGAAAAUCACCAUCACUAAAGAUACCAAGGUUCCCAAUGCUGCCAUCUUCACUGUAAACAAGGAGGACCACACACUGGGCAAUUUACUUCGAGCGCAGCUGCUGAAGGACCCACAGGUGAUAUUUGCGGGGUACAAGGUGCCCCACCCCCUGGAACACAAGUUUGUGCUGAGAGUGCAGACCACACCUGACUACAGCCCGCAGGAGGCCUUCACUAACGCUAUCACAGACCUCAUCAGCGAAGUCUCUCUACUGGAGGAGAGAUUCAAGGUGGCAGUGAGAGAGAAGGAAGGAGUGGAGUAAGGAGGAAACCAUUGACAACCAACAACAAACACUCAACCUGGGGAAACAACAAGGGAUAUCUCUAUAUAAUACAUUGUGCAUUUCCUGACUACAAUGACAGACUAGGCUAUAGCAUAGUAUAGGGAUCAUAUAUUAUCCUAGGAAACACCUGUGUAGUUUAGACAUUUUGUUGAAACAGCAGUGUCUUGUGACAGAAAAAUUGCCAGCAGAAAGUUCCGUAAGACACGUAGUUUCUGCUAUUCACGCUGUCAUGUUUUGUCUGGGUAGUACAUGUAUGUGAAGAUGUUGCCACGAGGGACUCAAGGUUAAAGAUUUGUGUUGAAUAUAUUUAAAGAGCAAGGUACAGUUUAUGUUUUGUUGCUGUGCAGCCUGUCAUAAAUUCAUUGUACGAUGACUUUCAGAUUGCCAACACCUACUCACAUACCACUGCACCCAUCAAUUCAUGUUGAAAGGGACAGAUACAAAUGCGUCCAAAAAUAUAACCAAGGUUUAAUGCAGAAUAUACAUAAUUGUGCACCCCCGUUUUUCUGGCAUAACUUUUGCUGGGCUUCAUAAAGAAGUAUUGUCAAGAUCCAGUCUCAUCUGGAUCAAAGAAUAAAAUAAAAUAAAGAGCCUUAUUUGUCAUUUUUA